UUACAAGUCACUGGGGAUCUGCUUCAUUUGCAGUACUUGCACGGCCUCCUCCAAUGCAGCGCAUGUCAUCUGCACGGCUGCAAUCCCCUUGCGCACAGCUGGUCGACCGCCAAACAGAGAACAGCUGGUCGCCGUGUUCCCUGCGUCGUCAGCACGGUUGAUGGCUUCAGCAAGAGAGUCCACAAGUGACAGCUGUGCGGUUCGCCAAUCGUACGAGACAGAUGGAAGGAGCUUCCGUUGCUUCUCUUCACGAUGCACAAGCCACGACACGCAAUCAACGAACCAUUCCAGCCAUGCUGACACAAGAGAAUAGCAACAGCAGGUUGAAAUUCGAGUGUCUGCAGGAUUGGGCUACCCCUGUGUUUUCGGCGCAUGCUCCACCGCAUAACGAAAUCCGAUCUGGAGAGGCCAUGUUUGCAAACAUGCACCACUAGAAUGAUGUAGUGCGCCAGAUUCGCCAGCAUUACAAAGAUGAUGAGCGCAGUGGUCACGAUAUCGUUGACGUCUCGCACCAUGACCAGCAUGAUCAAAUACACCGAGACGAUCCACAGGAUCAGACCUCUCACCUCGGUGCGAUUAAGAAUAUCCUGAUUUAGAGGUGAACAGAGGUGAGAGAGCCUAACAGAGGUGACAACUCUGUGCACUCUCACCAUGUUACGACUGUCAAACUGUCUGACGAUGAGCUGCAGAGUGAGACAAGCCAUUCCAAGUCCAAUCCAGCCCAGCAGCUGAAAUCUCGGACUACCAACAGCUAGCUGCGCUAUUAACAGCACCAGCACACGUCUACAGAAAGAAGAGGUAUCAAAAAACGUCAGCCCGCGUGCCCUUUCUUGUCUCCUUGAGUCAGAUCGUGCUCACCUGGCCGCCAAGACCGCAUCCCAGUAGUAAAGCGAUUUACGGUACGCCACGUAGAGGAAACCUGCCCUCUGUCGCAUCUCUGAAGCCAGCAACUGAUCUUGGAAUCUCCAGAGCAGCCAGACGCCAGCUAUUACUGGCAUAAAAGUCCAUAUGGCCAAGCCAGCUAGCGAGAUCCAAAGGAAGGGCG